AUCUCUCUGUGUUUUCAGCACUUUCCAUCUGACCACCUUCCCUAAGGACAGUCAGGGACAGUCAACCACCCCUACAGCAGGUUACAAAGGACAGGUGUUCAAGAGGACUUUUUUUUAUUAUUUUGCUGUCCACAAAACACAGAAGAAUUUGGAAACAAUUAUCACCUUCAGGGGCUUGACAGGGAAAGGGAAAGAGAAAGAGACAUGGGCAGUGGAGCAAGUGCUGAGGACAAGGAAAUGGCCAAAAGGUCCAAAGAGCUUGAAAAGCAGCUACAGGAAGAUGCAGAUAAGGAAGCAAGGACAGUCAAGCUGCUGCUGCUGGGUGCUGGUGAAUCAGGGAAGAGCACCAUUGUUAAGCAAAUGAAAAUUCUGCAUCAAGGUGGUUACACUAAAGAAGAACAAAUUUCAUUUAAAGCCAUCAUCUAUGGCAACAUCCUGCAGUCUGCACUGGCCCUCAUCAGAGGAAUGGAAAUGCUUGACAUCAACUAUGGAUCACCAGCAUCACAGGAAGAUGGUCAGAAAUUGCAGAACCUAGCAGACUCGGUUGAGGAUGGCACAAUGCCAAAGGAGCUGUCAGAUGUCAUCAAAAGUCUGUGGAAGGACUCGGGUGUGCAGGCCGCCUAUGAGAGAGCAGCCGAGUUUCAGCUCAACGACUCUGCUGGCUAUUACCUGAGUGACAUGGACAGAAUCUGUAAUGCUGAUUACAUCCCAACAGAGCAGGAUGUGUUAAGGUCUAGGGUCAAAACCACUGGUAUCAUUGAAGAACAGUUUUCCUGCAAAGAGCUGCACUUUAGGAUGUUCGAUGUGGGGGGCCAGAGAUCAGAGAGGAAGAAAUGGAUCCACUGUUUUGAGGGUGUGACAUGCAUUAUCUUUUGUGGGGCUCUGAGUGCUUAUGAUAUGGUCUUAGUAGAAGAUGAUGAAGUGAACCGCAUGCAUGAGAGUCUUCAUCUAUUCAACAGCAUCUGCAACCACAGGUUCUUCGCAAAAACGUCUAUUGUGCUUUUCCUCAACAAGAAAGAUCUCUUUGAGGUGAAGAUCCUGAAAGUCCACCUCAGCAUCUGCUUCCCUGAAUAUAAUGGUCCAAACACGUAUGACGAUGCCAGCAUUUACAUCAAGAAGCAGUUUGAGGAGCUGAACAUGAAGAAAGGAGAAAAAGAAAUCUACACACACAUGACCUGUGCCACCGACACAAAAAACGUGGAAAUUGUAUUUAAUGCUGUGACAGACAUCAUCAUCAAAGAAAACCUUAAGGAUUGCGGUCUGUUCUAAAAAAAAUAAAAAGGGCCACUUUUUCCAGAACGUUGACCCUAUCCCUCAUAACUGAUUCCGAAGACACACAGAUGGUGUGACGACAAUCACUGGUGCAGGAUGGAAAGAGUGGUCAGAUGCCCUACUUAAAUAAAUCAACAUAUUGGACAUGAAGGUUUCAUCCAAACAGUCGAGACACUCAACAGAAUCUUUCCGGUAUAGACCCAAACGUUAUUCAGAAGAGUUCAAACUAUUCUAACUAGCAUUUGGUUUUCAGGUUAAAUCUGUUGGAACGGACUGGGAAUAGAUGUCUUUCUGUUUGAUAUAAAAUGCCAUAAAAGGUUACUAUCUUAGACACCCAUGACACUUUUUCAUUAGUAAUGCGAUUCAUUUGUUUGAUAUACAGUGUUGAGGACUUUCUCACUAAAGUUUGUUGUCAAUGGUGUCAGCAUGCUGUACAACUCGUGAACCUCCUUUUUUUCCCCUCUAGUUUAAAAUAAUAGUAGGGGGUUAUAUAAUUUGUAAAUAAUGAGUAGGCAAGUACAUUUCUAUUACAGAGAAGCUUCUACAUGAAUAUGUUUAAAGAAAAAGCCGUCUAAUUAUGAAAACGAGUUAAAAGACAAUCUAGAGGUGUGUGGGAUUGGAAUGUGAUUAUACUGUGAAGAUGUUCUGGACUUAAAAUGUAGGAACAUGAAAUAAAGAUGUGCAUUAAUCUCCA